AGUUCUGCAUACUCUACUAUUUAUUACUUAACUUAAAUGUUGUCAAUGUCAAAAUUUCAAUAUUUUCUGGUAUUUGAUCACACAAAACUUUCAGUUUAUUUAAUCAUUUUGAUUUGAUUUUAAUAAAAAUUUUAUCUUUAUUCACUUUGGUGCUAUGUGUUUGAUUUAGAUUUGAACUCUGAACUCUGCUGUAUUUUCAUAACUUCCUGUGGCUGCGCGUCGCCGCGGUGAUCUGGUUGGUCUCUGCCGUGACGACCUGCGGCAUUCACAAUGCACCCCUGCUCUAAUUUUGGACCCUGACUUUGUUCUGUCCGCUGUGUGGGACUCGGGGCUCAGAUGACAGGCUGUGAUGGGGGCGGUGGGGAGCGGGCAGGAGUCUCACUGGAACCGGCGGUCUGCCCGUCCAGAACCAACAGCUCUGGCUGGAGAGGCGAGUCCAGAACGAGGCCCGUGUUUUCCGAGCUGCAGCCAGUGAGGAGGUGAAGUUUGUUUCCAGCAUGGCUCUGCUGCUGCUGCUGCUGCUGCUGCUGGCAGCUCACGUCGGUCCUUCGGAGUAUGGAUGUGACAGCCUGCUCUACCAGAAGGUGAUCGACGACCUCUGCUUCAACCACUUCAAGGAGGAGAUGGUCAGCCUGGACUCAGGAACGUGGUGCAGCUGGCCGGAAAUAGUGGAGAUCUACGAGGGACUGACUAACUGCACCUGCCAAGUGGCCUUGAGUAUGGAUUGCUUCUGGCCCAACCGGCUGGUGGACGACUUCUUCAUGAAGAUUCAUAAUACGUACUUCCACCACUGCGCCGUGACCGGCCGGCUCCUCCACGAGCCGUCAAUCGGCGUCCUCGCGCCCUUCAUCGGAGUGUCGGUGCUGAUCACCCUGCUCAUGACCGCAGUCGUGGUUUGGAGGAGCAAACGCACGGAAGGGAUGCUGUAG